CGAGUGGUUGGAUGGCAACCGAAAACCGAAACAAACAAGGACGAAAGAUCCAAUGAGUCAGAAUGCAUUCCCGUACUGUGGAGGACUGAGUUCGUGAACCGAAAAAGUCAUACUGGUUGAAGAUGACCAUGCAAAUGACUGCCCCUCUUCCCUUGGACACCGACCAAGAAAAAGCUGUUUGUGGACAACGAACGGCCACAAUUCUUUUUGUUGACCUGACCACCCAGCAUCACAUCCACUCCAGAGUAGAGGUAUCCCGACACUGCAGAGCAUAUAACAACCACCAAUCUACUGUAUCAAUCAAUCUUAUCACACCAUGGCCAUGUCCAACCCGUAUGGCGCUGCCAAGCAAGUGAAGCGAAAUCUGGGCAGCAAGAAUGGGCAACAACGGAAAAAGGCCAUCUCUCCCACCAUGCUGUUUGGACUCUUAUUUUUCGUGGUCAUUGGCAUUUACGCAAGCGUAGUGGCGUGGUUCUCCUCGGCGACCUCUUCCCCAUUGCACAAUGCCCCCGCCGCCAAUGAUAUUCGAAGACGAAAUUCAGUUACUACCAGCGAUAGCAAUGCCAAUAACAUCAACGAUAUCCCACCACAGAAACUGCAAGAAGAAGAAGAAAGCCCUCCUCAGGAUCAGCAAGAACAGAAUGGCAAUAAUGGAGUGGAAUCUGCCGAAGAAAAAGGUCUGAAAGCACUGCAGCAAAUAGUCAAGCAGGAGAAACGGCAACCCAUUGUCAAGCGAUUCCGACCCAAACCCAAAGGAGAUGGCAUCAAACCACAAGCUCUAGUAGCUGGCAGUAGUAACAACCAAGAGGAACAGCCACAAGAUCAAGACGAAGUUCAUCCAGAUCCAGAGCACAUUAUGAAAGCAUUCGUAGAACCCAUUCGAUUCGAAGACUGGGAAGUCAAGCCAUUGCCCCUACGAACCAGUACGACCGCCAAAAAACACUUGCUGGAAGAAAUCGCAUUCCCCAAAGUCAACUCGUGCAAACGACUCCCCGAACGAUGGCCCGCCGAUGAAUAUCCCGAUCAAGAUACCUUUCUCCCAUGGAUACACGAUGUUUUUCCCACCGAUGAUGGAAAAUUCAUUCAAAUUGUCGCACAGAAUCGACGACGCUGUCACACGGGAACCACCGAAGAAGAACUCCGUAUUCUCGUCAAGACACAACCAUCGGUGGCACUCUUUCAACACGUACCCGUCAAACGCAUUACCAAAGACAAGGAUGGCAAUCCACGCUAUCAAUUGUGUCCCCACGAAGAUGCCGAUCCCGAUGGGGUCGCCACCCGAUUCAUUUGUCGAUUCAAACCCACCAUGGAAGAAACACUCUCCGUAUUCAACUUUGACUACGAUUGGGCUGCCUUUCGCAAAAAACAACGACACACGUUCAAAUUCGACGAUGGAGGCAUCAAAUCCGUACACACGUCGCAACUCAUAUUCAAAUGUCCCGUACCAGAGGGAUUGCAAGAAUCCAUCAAAUCGGGAGACGCCGUUCAGAAUGAUUUUGCCACUAUCUUUAUGGAUUUGAUCCCCAUUCGGACGCCACCUCGCUAUGGGGCGCCCAAUAUGUUCUUUCAACCGCGAUACAACGAAUCGUUGGUGGUCGACAAAGCAGAACGAUUCGAUGCCGACACGGAGUGGGGCAAAGACCACAUUUUGCCCAAAAUUGAAGAUUCGGGACGAUGGGAGAAUAUCCCCAUUUGUCGCACCAGUUUGAAAGAAUAUUAUCCCGACAAUGACGACAAUAAUGACAAUAAUAAGAAACUGGCGGUUCCUGGGAAACCCGACAAAAAACACCGAUUGGUGUCGUGCAUUUGGGGAGCGGCAGGCUAUUCCACCAGAGGAAAUCGAUUUGCCAUUAAUGACGGACAGAGACGAUUGUUGGAGUGGAUCCACUUUAACAAAAUGCUCGGAUUUGAUCACUUUUAUCUCUACGACAACAGCUACGCAUUUUCCAAUGAAAUCACACUCAAACCCAUUGCAGACUUGUUUCCAGGAGAAGUCACAUACAUCAAGUGGCCCUUUCAGAUUUGCAACAACAACCCCAACAAUGUCGAUAGUCCUGGAGAGAGGUCGUCGCAGUAUGCUGCAGAAUCGUCGUGUCGGCUGCGGUUUGGACCGCAUGUGGAAUGGAUUGGACAAUACGACAUUGAUGAGUACAUUGUACCGAUGGGCAGCUACACGAGCAUUUUGCCAAUCCUAGACAACCUGGACAAGGAAGGAAAGAAGAUUAUCUCCUUUGGAUCUUGGCGAUCCUGGCCUCGACGGGACUUUAUUGCGGAACCUGAACCAAUCGAUGACCCACAGGCUUGUGGAAAAAGGGAACAGUGCUUCAAUCUGCAAGUGCCACUCAAGCACACCAUGCUGCAGGCUUACAAUUGCGACAGACAAUCCGGGCCCAAAAAGAAGGUCAUGCCCGCCGAGAAACAAAUCUACAAACCAGAGUAUGUGAGACAACACUUCAUCCACUAUUCAUCGGUGACGGCCUUGUCAGAACUGAGCAAGUCUGAGUUUGAAAAGGCUGGGUAUAACUGGCAGAGAACUAGGGCAUUUCCCGAUCCACUUUCUCGGUUUGGCGAUGAGCUGCACGAAGCAACAAUGCUUCACACCAAAGCUGUUGCUACGCCAGACACUACCGGUUGGCUGAAAUCGUGCAUGGACAAGUACAAUGGGCAUUUCAUGUGCAGAAUAGGAGUUCCAUUCCCAGACGACUACGAUGAGAAGAAGCAUGGUACAGCAGACGAGACGAACUGGGCUUACAACUGCUACCCCAACAAAAGGAUUGAUGGCUACUGGGCACCACUGCUCGAAGAAGCAAUCAACAAGGAGCACGGGCACAUGUUCCAGCAACAGUAGUACUCGUACUUUGACGAAUAUUCUUGCGCGGGCUAAUCCCAUCAUCAAUGACAGGUGUUUCGGAGGACAGCAGCCGUCGAUACAGCGCUUUUGUGGGAUCAAAGCCGCGAGAUACCCUGGUGCUGGCUGCAUGGAUCUGCAACAACAACAGUACUACAGCUCAGUAUGAGGACUAUCAUAGGUUGUCACAGUGGGCUUGGUGGGAGAAGCGCAUUUUGAAUGUCCCUGCUGUUCUUGGCUACCGUUUAUCGAUUUGUUCCCGAUCUGGUUCCUGGCCAGACAACCACCAGCUACCCGACAGACAACAAUACGUAAACUAUGCACACUUAGUCAGCAAAUCAACACAGAACUUCGUCAUUGUUUUAUUC